UUUCAUUGGCCAACGUGACAGCAUCUUCCGCUCUCACUUCUGUUCCUUCCCUGUUUCCGGGUCCUCGAGCAUUCCCAUUGGCCUAACUACUGGCUACACGUGACAUACUCGGUUCUUUAAACCCCUGUUUGUACACUACACACUUUCCUCGCAGCACAACCCGGAAGAGCCAGCCCUACCUAGUUUCUAUUGGCUGUACCUCCAUUCACGUGACUCUGCUGCGCACACGCCCUCAAAGCUGGUUCCGAGAACUUGCUUCCCGGUUGGUAGCCGAGCGACUCCACGUGACUUGGCCGCCAUCGCCCGCCCAAGCCGCUCCCCUAUUGGUUGGGGCCGCAGCCCUCCACCUCCCACGGUAAAACGCUGCGCUUCGCCUGGGUAGCGGAUCCCGCGGGCUCGGAGCUUCGGUGACCCGCUCGGCUCCAUGGCGUCCCAGGGUCGUCGGCGGAGGCCGCCACGGAGGCCAGGGACGAUGGUGCCUGGGGAGGCGGCCGAGACGGAUUCGGAGCUCUCCGCGUCCUCGUCGGAGGAGGAGGAGCUGUACCUGGGGCCUUCGGGCCCGACGCGCGGCCGCCCCACAGGGCUGCGGGUGGCUGGGGAGGCCGCAGAAACAGACUCGGACCCGGACCCGGAGCCGACUGCGGCGCCGAGGGACCUGCCUCCGCUCGUGGUGCAGCGGGAGUCGGCGGGGGAGGCCUGGGCCGCGGAGGAGGCCCCGGCACCCACCCCUGCGCGCUCGCUGCUGCAGCUCCGGCUGGCCGAGAGCCAGGCAAGGCUGGACCACGACGUGGCGGCGGCCGUGAGCGGCGUGUACCGGCGUGCGGGCCGCGAUGUGGCUGCCCUGGCUAGCAGGCUGGCUGCCGCCCAGGCCGCGGGGUUGGCGGCGGCUCAUAGUGUGCGCCUGGCUCGAGGGGACCUCUGCGCGCUGGCCGAGCGCCUGGACAUCGUGGCUGGCUGCCGCCUGCUGCCGGACAUCCGCGGCGUGCCGGGGACCGAGGCCGAGCAAGACCCGGGGCCGCGGGCCUAGCGAUGACUCUACUCCCCCAUUUGACUCUGCCACUUGGGAGUAGGUCUUGCCGCCGCUGAGACCUGGCUGUUUCACCCCCAGCCUUUAUCUUGCUGUCCACCCAUGGAGCUAACUCCACCUCCCUGGAUAAUACUGUGUGUUGGGUAUAGUUCAUCCUCUGCCAUGGAGACCAGCUCUCUACUACCUUUAGAUGUGGUUCCUCCAGGUGGUCCUGACCCUGAACGUGGCACUGGGGCCUGGCUAUGACCCCCUGGUUCUGAGCCUGCUCCUGACGUGCGGCUCCAGCCUCUGGCCAGUAGUUGCUCUGUCUGUUUCCGCCCUGGGCUCUCUGCGCACCUUCCCUCGCGCUCUGCCUUUCUGAGUUUGGUGUCUGCUCACAGGGCUUGUCCUGGUUUUCCCCACGGGACCUGCAGGAUCUGGCACAGAUUCCUUGUCAUCUUCCUGCACUCCCUUGCCUACACCUCUGGUCCUAGCUCCACUUCCAGAAUUAUCCCCCCUGGGCAGGGUCCUUUUUCUGGUUCACCGGUUCUAGUUUUUGCUCUCCUCCUCCUAAGUCCUCCUCCUUGGGCUUAGCUCCCGCUCUCAGCCUGGUCUUGUUUCCUGAGUCAGCUGGACCCUUAGGGUAGGUUUUGCUCCUUUUGCUUGUCCCAUCCUGCUCACACUGCCUGUCUGAUCAUGGGCUCCGUGGACUCCCUAUAGUGUCCUUCCUCGGGCGCAAAAGGAUGCCCCAUCCUGACCCAAGGGGGUCCUCCUCCAGACCUUCCAGGCCAAGAUGAUGCUUCCUCUUAAUUCUUUAAGCCAAGGUGGCACCCCCUCCUGACUCCCAGACCUAAAGUGACACCCUUCAAGGCACCUCGGGCCCAAUUCCACCCCGCCCUGGUGCUCUGGCCACAAGCCAACACCAGUUUGCAGACAAGAAGGACACGCUCCAGUUUCACUGUCUUGGCUCCUGGGUGCUGAAAGGACUGCGGUUUCUGACUCGGCUCAGGGCCUGCGGUUGGCAGCCCCUCUCUGCUCCUCACCUGCUCCCUCCUGUGGUCCCAGUUGUUCCUCAGCCACCUCUAUAUUCACUCUCCUCUCCCAGCCUUGUGCCACCCCCGGAACCCCCUCCCAACCUGAAGCUGAGCUCUGAACCUGCAGGAUGGAGAAGUGGGGAGGAGCUCUCAUUAAAACUCUAAACAUUUA